GAAAGCCCACGCGUUGGACAUCUCGCUAGGACCCAGCCCUAUGUGAAAAUGCGGCCUCGGGGCUUAGCAGGAUAGUCCUUAAAUCAGUAUAUCUGGACCUCAGUGAAAAUCUCCCACUAUUGACAGUGAGGAAAUGGGGUAAAAUACAAGAACAUGGAAGUUGCUAAAAGCGGUAUGAAUGUUGGAAGACUUCUUCUCCUGCCAGCACCAGGGAGUCCUUGCGAAAAACCACAAUGGAAGGAGCGAAGGCUCUGGAACGAAACGACGACCUACAAGGCAGACUGGCGCAUGCCUCUUGACUUGCCCCGUAGGGAGCAUUGCUGAGGGUCAACAGUCUAUCAUGACCUUGCGCGAUACUGUGCCCAGUUGCAGCGAGUCUUGCAGCUGUUCAUCGUUCAGAUGCCACGCUCUUUCUCAAUGAGUAUAUUCCACUCUUUUGGUUAUGAAGAUCACAUUCUUAUUUUCUGUGCUCGUUCUAGCACUGAGUUCUUCUGGUACUGAGUCUUGCCGCGGCAGUUUAGAAAUGCCGAUCCUAGAAGCAGAGAUGCUUGAUCCCGUCACGCUGGCCGCUGUCUUGUCUCCUUACCGUAACCUGGUGGCGUCAGAUCGUUAUUCAGGUGGGACUGAUAAUUUCGUCCCAGAUGACGUCCGUGUUGAAAGAUAUGCGAGAGCAGUACCGUGGAAGGCGAGAGAUGCGGAGAGACUCGCAUUCCAGAAUCCCAAUCGAACCGGUCUAUAUUAUCGUGAUCGAGUCCUGAACACCAAUUCAUAUCCGUGGAGCACAAUUGGACGUUUGGUGUUCAAGAAAUAUGAAGGCGACUUAGGUGGUUGGUGCACAGCCUCUCUAAUCGGCAGGAAUAUGAUCCUCACAGCAAGUCACUGCUAUCCUUGGGGCUACCGCUCAGGUAGAUGGAUGCGAUUCAUACCUGCCUAUACCAACGGCAGUGAACCAUAUGGCGGAUCGUAUGUCACCAAGUGUCGUGGAGUGAAGAACACUUUCAACGUCACAGGAAUCGACUAUAUCGUGUGCCAACUCUGUGAUCCUCUAGGAGACAAGGCUGGCUGGAUGGGCACGCAAUGGUGGGACGACUCAGGCGAAUACAUGAAGAGAUCAUGGCGGAGUUCUGGUUAUCCCUCUGAUUCUUUUCGUGGCCGUGCACAGAUGCUCGUGUCGAGCAUCAACCUCACAGACGUGGAUCUUCAUGCGGAUAAGGGCAAAGAGCUUGAGUCUAGGAUCUUCGCCUCUCCGGGAUGGUCCGGUGGUCCCAUGUGGGAAUUUAUUGGCGGCUUCCCCAAGAUAGUCGGUGUCUGUAGCGGGAGUGAAAAGGACUGCAGCGAGAGCGUGCAAGGAUGCUAUGGCGCCGAAGGGGUCUUGGACGUUGAUACUUUCCACGAUGUCUCCGCUGGCGGUCGACUGAUGACAGAUCUUGCCACGUACGCACUCACUCACUGGCAAGACGAUGACCAGGACAGUGAUGGUGAGGAAUCUCUGGAUGAUUCUGAGAUCGUAAGCAGACUGCUUCCUAAGACAACUGUACGAGACAAUAUCCUUUAGCACUUAUUACAAUAGCCACCAAAUAUGUUAUUGAUAGCUUCGGUACGUUCUCCUCAUCUUCUCGUUCCAGUACAAGCAUGAGAGCUGGUCUAGAUGGUGCGAUACAAGGCCAUGCUGUAGGCAAUUUUGCGCUAGUCACUUGCCAAGUACUAAGGGCAAUGAGAAGUUGAGUCCAUUGCUGCAACAGAAGGGUCUGUGCUGCUUCCUGCUUGAACCCCGGUCGUCAAAGCAGAGGAUUGUA